GCAGUCCUACGGCUAUCACAACGUCAGAUUGACAGCUAGCUCGUACGGCGAGCUGCUGAACGGGGACAACUCCGAUCAUAGGUUAUUCGUUCACGGAUAGCUUUUGCUUCAUCGGGUAUGCAGCCGUACGCCACAAACGACAUCGAAGCAGCAACGCAUAAAGUCGACCCUGUGGAAGUGUACUUGCUGUGCGAAAAUAUCGAGCCGGGUUUCUACGAUCGAGCCGCGGCCGAGGCGGACGCGAAUGUUUCGGGUAUGGAGGAGGCCGUGAGAGGCGGAGAAAGCAACAUAACCAUAACUUAGAGGCGAAGAGGGGCGGCACAUGUUCCGAGUGUACGGGAAGAGCCAAUCGAGAUCUUUGUGGACGCUGCAAUCGGUGUUUCCGCCCUCCGACAUACGAGAUCUCCGCGGGUAUAUAGCCUGCCUGGCGAGAUGUUCGCCUCUUCGCCUCUCUGAUCUCCUGUUUGCCUGUGAUGCGAGUCCCGCCAGUCGCCGACCAUUUGCUUCUUUCAAAGAAAAGCGAUGUGGUGCAAUGGGCGUCGGCGGCAGCGGAAGUUGCGAAGGAAGCUGGUGCGUUCCCUUAUUUUCUCCAUAAUUCCCAAGCACAUGUACCAAUAUUAGCGGCAUAGACAUCUUCAUGAACUUGCUUUUCUGUCUUUUCGGUAUCUACGUCUGGGAGAUCUUUCGGACGUCCGACUUUGAGUGGUCCUUGAUAUCUCGCGCUCGCAAGUUUUCUUGGCCCUUAGUGAUAUUCUUCUUCCUGUGCAGAUAUUGCAUGCUAUUCGCCUUGAUCGGGAUACUUCAGCAUAUUAUCGUUACUGUACCAGCUCUUACACUUACUCAGUUCAACUGUAACGCACUAUACACCUUCAAUUUCUGGGCUGGCAAUAUGGCAAUCCUCUGCGCCUCCACAUCGCUUAUGAUCCGCACCGUUGCCCUCUGGAACAAGAACCGUCUCGUCAUUUUGUUGCUCGCUACGCUUGGAUGUGCACACUGGGCGAUCCUGUGGCGGGGCAUGUUCGUCCUCAAAUCAACCUAUUCGUCCGACGCUAAAGGCUGUGUCAUCAUCUCGACAAAUCAUAUUUUCCUCAACGUCAGCUACUUCAUGAGCACGUUCCAUCUCGCUACUAUGGGUGUCAACUUUGCAGUACUGCUGCUGACAGUGAUGGCUCUCGCUCGCAAGAGGCUGCACUCGCAUCUGUGGAAGCUGCUCUUCCAGGACGGCCUCGUGAAUUUCUCUGUGACGUUCGUCUGCAAUGCUGCACCUGCUAUCCUAAACAUUUUGAACCUGGACGGUGCGUGCCUGUAG